AUGGUGUUCAUCAAAGAUAAAGUAAGCCUGCGAGAGCUCAUUGCCUCAAACCAGCUGGCGUGCUCUGUCUUGGUCCUCACCACUCAUAUAUUUGGCGAUAUGAAUGGCUUCAUUACGGUCAUCCGAUCUCCAUAUUUGUCGUGGGUAUCUGGCCCAGUCGCCGUACAAUCCCGUCAUAUACUAGCCGAUUGGGAGUUCUUAUUCCUGUUCUGCUUUCUUUUUACGUUGGCCCGCUCUGUCAUAGCCGUUCAAAUCCUCCAACCGGCGCUGCGAUAUGCGGGGUUCGAUGCCCAAGACUCCUCUCAUCUGGCAGCCCUAGGGUGGAAAAUACUAUCCCGUGGCGUCCUGAUGCUGUAUGCCAUGGGCCUUUGGUACGAAAGCCCUGAUCGUUUGAACCCUCAGUGGCUCUUUGACAACUGGCCGCUACACCCAAUCUCCGAGUCAAUGAAAUAUUUAUUCCUGCUGCGCCUUGCAUUCUAUAUCCAUCAGUGUCUGAUCAUGGUUGUUGAGCCCAUACGAAGUGACUUCACCUCGAAAUUCCUCCAUCAUAUUCUCACCUGUGCGGUGGUUAUUGCCUGUUGCAAUAGCCGGGCUUACUCCUUAUUGUACAUCAUUCUCCUGACCGCUGAUCUUGCAGAUAUCCUCCUAGCCUUUGUUCAAAUCCUAAAAUGUCUGAACUAUGAGAAGAGCCUCCGACUGUCCCUACUGGGCUUCAUUUUUAUCUGGAUAUUUACACGGCAUAUAAUGUUCUUAUAUUUCCACUGGGUGCUUCACCAUGCUCUACCUCUGGAGGGAGGCUGUCAAGUCGUGAUUACUGGGGGUAUGAUGCUCAAUCCUGAUGAUCCAAAGUGGGAGCAAAUCACUCCCCAGACACAGCAAAACCGAAGCACGAUAUGCCUCUCGCAGGGCGUCAAACUGUCCUUGUCUGGUAUCUCAAUUGUUUUGCAGUUGUUGUUCUUGAUGUGGACUGUCGAAUUUGUUCAAAUUGCGGUGUACAUGCAUCGCAGAUGUGUCUCGAAGUGUGAGGAGAAUGAUACCGAAAGGAAAAGGCAGUAGGCGAGUACGAGCGGCGACACCAUAUGGAUGUCAUUUGACACUCUCUCUGAAGAAGAUCCCUGUUGAAAUAUGUAAUGUUCGAA